AUGGGUCUCGCUCCACGGCUCGCGACCUCAUGGGCCUCCAUGAAGCUCGACACGCGAAACCUCCCCUCUUCUCGAGCUUCUAUCCUGCGCCUGGUGUUGCUCAUUCUCUUCUUCUGCUGUGGCGCCUACGUCCUCUUACUACCGGUCUCGAUCAUGGUCCACUCGAUGUCUGUACGCCACACCAAGCAGCCCUUGAUUCUUGAGCCUGGAGAAGAUGCGAUCAAACAUUUUGUUGGCAGUCGAGAAUGUGGCAUUUUGCAAAAUGAUUUGUAUACUGCGCCAUGGCCGUUGAAUCCUAAAAUCAGCCCGUUUUGUGGCAAGAGAGCUACUCUUUUGGAGGCGAUGAGUGGUGGUGGGAGAUACGGGUUUGAUGAGCCAUUUGUUGGUAAAGGAUGCACGUACAGAUGGUUUUCAACUCCUGAAAUAUGUAUGAUUGUCGGGCGCUUCAAUGCAAUCACUUUCGUCGGAGAUGAUCUGGCACAAUCCAUCUAUGCCGCUUUCAACAUACUGCUACGUGAGGAUCUCGCGCUUGGUGGCCUUCAACAGUGGAUCAUGAGCGACGAGGACAAGACAAAGUGUAGAUGUCACAACCAGUUCCUUGACAUCAAAUGUCAGCGGUUCGCUAUCAACACUAGCGAGGAUGCGAAGAAAAACGAAGGUGGAGAUCGGAAAGGGAGUCCCUACUAUUGUAAUGACACACCUCACGCCUAUAUAACCGUCAAGAGCGUACCAUCAGCUCCAGAAUCCCAGGCUGCUUUCAAAGAUCUCACCUAUGGCAAAUCAAAUCCAUGGCAACCGUCACCUAUGAUUUUCUCUUUCGGCCACGGUUCCGCUUUCGAUACAGGUAUAGCCACCCGAUCGAUGGAUGAAUGGGUCACACUUGCCACAGGAGCCGAACGUAAUAUCCCCAUGCUCUUUCUGGGUGCCCCAGCAUUUGGACUCGGCAAAAAACCGAAUUUGGCUCCCAAGAACGGAAACCUGGUGGUCUGGGAUUUUCAUACUGAGAUGGUGCCGGUAGCAAGGGAGAAGCACUUUGAUGUUUUGAGCAUGUAUAAUUUAACAUUGCAGGCCUCGUCGGCAGAUGGAGAGAAGUUUGGCGAAGAGGUAGCAUUGGUUCAGGCUAUGAUGAUUGUGAAUUGGUUGAGCAAGCUGGAGACUUCUUGA